AUGAAGAUUUUAAAUAAGGCUGCAUUACAACAAGCAGAAAAGGUUCUGCUGUCACACUUACCAAAAAGCUUCAUGGUUUAUGGAUAUCUGUUUGGUAUGAAUAGAAAUAGACCACAUACACUAGAGUUUGUUGUGGACUGCUGGCCUAAUUUUAAAACCAUCAUUUGUCGACCGCACCCAAAGAUUGAAAAUUCCCUGCUUUAUACUAAGGAAUUGACUUUCUUCAGUACUGAUGAGAAGGAUCUUAAGAGAAUGUUGAUGGAAGACAACGUCUUAGACUGGAAUAAAUACUUCAAAAUUGGGGGGAUUGACAUCCGUCAUGGAACCAUGUUGAAGGCUAUCUCCGCUGCAAAAGGAGUCACAUUGAGACAGGGUCCGAUUGCUCAUAUCUUGGAAUUACAAGGCCCAAGUCUCCUUCCUCAACUGAAACUGAGCAGAGAUGUGGAGGCCAGGAUCUCCUCCCUGAAUGAAUCCCAUGUCGGUUUGGUGAAUAAAACCUGGAAAUUCGGAGGUGAUGAAAAAGGUUUCCAACUAAUCAAACAUCUGAUAAGCCACUUCCCCACAUGUUGCAUCACUGAUGAAGAAGGCCGUCCAGUUUCCUGGCUGCUGCUGUAUGAUUACUGUGCCAUGGGGCUGUUGUACACCGUGCCAGAGUACAGGGAGAGGGGCUAUGCCGAGAUCCUGACAUACACCAUGGCAGCAAGGCUCCAUGCCCAAGGUUUCCCUAUGUACUGCAACAUUGAGGAGGGGAACCAGGUCUCCUAUAGGCUCGCUAAGAAAAUGGGCUUCACUGAAGACCCCUCCUUCAGGGCCACCUACUAUGAGUUCAACUACUAAACCAGUAUUUCUUCUUAGGAACAUUACAACUGAACUCACCACCAAGGUGACUUUACUAAUAUACAAUCAGUGAGCACUUUAUUAGGUAGACCUGUACACCAGCUUGUUAGUGCAAAUAAGAGCAUACAGACAUGGUCAAGAGGUUCAGCUG